AUGCUUCCCGACAGUCCAUCACCACGCGCUGCUCUUGCUCUAUCCGAUCUUCAGCCACAGACUGGCGCGUCGACGUUCUCGGUUGGCACCGGUUCCGGCAAUUGGUCUACGCGCGGCGUUGGCGGCGUCAGCGGCGAUUAUAUGGAGAAGUCCAGCAGCGGCGGCGGCAUGUUCGGCAACAAUAACAGAAACAAUAACGACCGAUACGGCUUCGGCAACAGCAAUUCGUCGUCGAGCGUCUUCUCCGGCAACUCGAGUUCCUCCGGCGGCGGUGGCGGUCUUUUUUCCACGAUUGUUCGAUUCGAUUCAAUUCGAUUUGCAUCAACUCUCAUUUUUGCAGUAUCACCAUUCAAUAUGCUUAUUAUUCUCAUCGCCAUCUCAAUUAUUCCCUGUGUAUAUACCGAGCACAAGUUGCCCGAUUGCGAGCAAAUCCCAAAAGUAUUGUGCUGUACUCAACGUGUCUUAGAUAAAUGUAUGUCUGGCUGUAUCGAUUAUGUUACGGAGAAGUGUCCACACAAACUGGAGAAAUAUGAGACGAUUGCGUCCCCUACAGAGACUACGGCACGCCCACGAUCGCAAUCCUCAUCGACAACGACGCGCGUCAUCGGACAAGUCGAACGCGAGCUCAAAGAGCGUUUCAUCGACGCCAAGGACAUUCGUCGGGCGCCGAUGAGCGGCGACGCGAAACUCCUCAAUUCGGAGUACCCGAUCACCGAGAUCACCGACGCCGAUUUGUCGUCGGAAUGCGGCACCGAGCGAUCGCAGCCGCCGUUCUCGCCGUGCCUGUCGCGCAAAUCCGCCGACGACGUGUUCGUCUCGUGUUGUCGUCAACAGGUUCCCGCCGAAUGCCACUCGUUGUGCACGUACGAGCAUCGCGAGCACGUCGCCGCCGAGACCCUCAUCCAGGCGGUUCAGCAAGAGCAUUGCGACAUGAAGCACCUGUCGGCCAUCCUAUACUGCGCUAAUCAGAAUCGCGAUAACCGCGCCUGCUGCUCGCAUCUCGGCAUGUCGAAUCCCGAGCUCGGCGUCGGUGAUCGCUGCCUUCGCAUGUGCAACACCGCACCGUCCGGUGAUCGCGUCAGCUCGCUUGAAAAGGAGGAUCUCGUCUGCCUUUCCAACUGGAACGUCAUCAUGUACUGCGCUCGCGGCGGCCUUCGAACGAUCAACUAA